ACUAUGAUGCCUAUCAGUGUGGGACAUUAAUCCAAACCAGUCGGGCAGGUCAGGUCCAGCACACAUCAAGGGAUCUUUGUCAAACUAAACUUCACACCUUAGAGACAAUGCGUCUGUCACAGAUUGUGCUGUAUGUUAGCCUGCUGAUCGCUUUGGGUGCAGUAGUUUUGAGUGACCAGGAGACGAACCAGCAGCCCUCCGCCACCAGCCCAGAAGACACGGAGCAAUGCGCGACCUGCGAGGUCCGGCAGCAGAUUAAAACCAUGCGACUAAACGCCAUUAAAUCUCAGAUUCUGAGCAAACUGCGAAUGAAAGAAGCUCCUAAUAUCAGCAGAGACAUAGUGAAGCAGCUCCUGCCCAAAGCGCCUCCGCUGCAGCAGCUCCUGGACCAGUACGACGUGCUGGGAGACGACAACAAGGAUGUGGUGAUGGAGGAGGACGACGAGCAUGCCACAACGGAAACAAUAAUGAUGAUGGCCACUGAACCCGAGUCCAUCGUCCAAGUUGACGCAGAGCCAAAGUGCUGCUUUUUCUCCUUCACCCAAAAGUUUCAAGCCAAUCGAAUAGUCCGAGCUCAACUCUGGGUGCAUCUGCGCCCGGCGGAGGAGGCGACCACUGUGUUCCUGCAAAUCUCCCGCCUGAUGCCGGUCACAGACGGGAACAGACACAUACGCAUCCGCUCCCUGAAGAUCGAAGUGAAUGCCGGGGUCAGCUCUUGGCAAAGUAUAGACGUGAAACAAGUGUUGACUGUGUGGCUGCGACAGCCGGAGACCAACUGGGGCAUCGAGAUUAACGCCUUCGAUUCGAGGGGAAACGACUUGGCUGUGACCUCCGCAGAGCCCGGAGAGGAAGGACUGCAACCUUUCAUGGAGGUGAAGGUCUCUGAGGGCCCCAGGCGAGUCAGGAGAAACCCGGGCCUGGACUGUGAUGAGAACUCUCCAGAGUCCAGGUGCUGCCGCUACCCGCUCACAGUGGACUUUGAAGACUUUGGCUGGGACUGGAUUAUUGCCCCAAAGCGCUACAAGGCCAACUAUUGCUCCGGGGAGUGUGAGUACAUGCACCUGCAGAAGUACCCGCACACCCACCUCGUGAACAAAGCCAACCCCAGAGGGACUGCAGGCCCCUGCUGCACCCCCACCAAGAUGUCGCCCAUCAACAUGCUCUACUUUAACCGAAAGGAGCAGAUCAUCUACGGCAAGAUCCCCUCCAUGGUGGUGGACCGGUGUGGAUGCUCUUGAGUCCGUACGGAGACCGCAGCGAGAGGGAGGGGAGGACGGAGGGGCCGCGGCUCAAUCCGGCUUCCAACUUUAAGACUUUUUGACACAAACCGAUCCACCAGUUCCAGAGCUUUCCUGCAGAACACGGUGCAAUAGAACCAGAGUAGAGGCCUCCAACAGCCCGAGCGCUUUCACAACCAACAUAGCUCUUACUUUUCUUUUCUUCAGUGAAAUCUUAGCCAGAGAAGCUUGAAGUCAGAGGGAUGCAGGAAAACACACACACACAGACUCACACACACACACACACACACACACACACACACACACACACACACACACACACACACACACACACACACACACACACACACACACACACACACACACACACACACACACACACACACACACACACACACACGCUGGGACAUGAAUGUAGAUAAAAAAAAAAUUCAAAGUUAUCCAAAAACGUAUUUUCCUGAGUCUCGGGUCUUCUGUCCAUUUAUACAAACAUGCCGACAGAUCAUACCUGCGCGCCAUCACUCCACUCGUAGCCAACAAACCAGCUAUUACACUUUUUUGCUAAACUAUGUUUGUGAUAAUCAAUUUUCAGUCAUGUUUUCAGAGUGAAACCAGGAAUCCUCAUGGACUUUUUGAAAGGGCUUGAACUGUAAGUGAAGACUCUUUAGAGUGACGUUUCACACUGGUGGAACAUGUUUUAGGACACAUAGGUUCAAAGGAGCAGGACAACCUCACUUUGCUACCCAUGAAACAAUUCACAAUUCAUUUCCUUUCUUGGACGUGAUCAAACCAUACCUUGAUUUUUCUUAAACAGCACAGACAACUAGGAUGCAUAUCCUAAGUGCAGGUGUUGACGUUGUGACAUUUGAUCCUAUGGACACAAAAAUGUUCCACCAUUGUAAACAAUCACUGUAGGAGUCGACUUGUUAUGUACUCUUCCAUAAUUACACACAGAAACAUAACCUACCCAGGAGCGUUCUUGCUCAAUCAUGAUCUUCACUAUCCAACAAAAAAAACAAACAGCCUGACCUGCCCGAUACACUUGAAUUAUUCUGAUUGUAAAUUCACAUUACUGGACAGAAGGACUUGAACUGAAGGCACAAAGAAUGCAGCCGACAAAUAAAGAAAUGUGUUUAAGACAGAGGGAAAGGAUUCUUCCAAUUGUAUGAAUGUUGAGAUCACGCUUAAACUCUGUCUUACAAACAACGCAGUUUGCACUAUGGCACACCAAUAGAAAGAAUUGGUUGCUACAAGAGUUGUAAAAACUGAUUUUGAUAUGUUUGCUAAUUUGUAUUGUAUACAUAUGCCAUUGUUUCCAUUAGGAGUUGCCUUUCUAAACCACUGUUGGUAAAUGUAUAAAACUAUCUAGCAAAAUAUAAGAUGUAAUUCAGCAACUCUGUACAAAUGUUUCGACGAAUAAAGUUUUCAGCUUGUUUGUUGA